UCCUUAGUGAUUUCAAACGGCGGCGAAGAGAGGCCUGGGGACUUUUCUCCUUGGCUUCGCGAGGCGUAAGGCCGCUCCCUUGCUAUGGAUGCCCCGGGAACCUAAACCCAGAGGCCGAUCUGACCUCCUCUGUGGUUUCCGCCAUUUGAAGCCCCACUUCUCUUCUUUACAUCGGGUCCCGUGUGGCUGGCGAGGCUCUAGCAGGGUUAGCUGUGGGAUCUGAGAGGCGUCCACAGGGACUUCCUAUGCAGUGGGCGUCUCCUCUUUAAAUAGGUAUUACAGGGAAGAACUACAAGAAACUGAAGCAUCAUGGCAGAUGAUAGUGAAUGGAUGAAAUUACCCAUUGAUCAAAAAUGUGAACACAAGGUAUGGAAAGCCAGAUUAAAUGGGUAUGAAGAAGCACUGAAGCUGUUUGAGAAAAUAGAUGAUGAAAAGAGCCCUGAAUGGUCCAAAUACCUUGGACUUAUAAAGAAAUUUGUGACAGACUCAAAUGCAGUAGUUCAGCUAAAAGGAUUAGAAGCUGCACUUGCUUAUGUUGAAAAUGCUCAUGUAGCAGGAAAAACAACAGGUGAGGUGGUAUCUGGAGUUGUAAAUAAAGUAUUCAAUCAGCCUAAAGCUAGAGCAAAGGAACUAGGCAUAGAUAUAUGCCUCAUGUUUAUUGAAAUUGAAAAAGGGGAAGUGGUGCAAGAAGAACUGCUUAAAGGCUUGGACAAUAAGAACCCCAAGAUCAUAGUGGCAUGCAUAGAGACAUUGAGGAAAGCACUAAGUGAAUUUGGUUCAAAAAUAAUUGCCUUGAAGCCAAUAAUCAAAAUGUUGCCAAAACUUUUUGAAUCUCGAGAGAAAGCGGUUCGAGAUGAAGCCAAACUCCUUGCAAUUGAGAUUUAUCGAUGGAUUAAGGAUGCUCUUAGGCCUCCAUUACAGAACAUAAAUUCUCUUCAGUUAAAAGAACUGGAAGAAGAAUGGGUUAAACUACCAUCAUCCACUCCCAAGCAGUCCAGAUUUCUGCGAUCCCAACAAGAAAUGAAAGCAAAGUUUGAGCAACAGCAGGCAGCUGGUGGAGAUGCAGAUGGAGGAGGCGAUGAUGGUGAUGAGGAUGUUCCACAAGUUGAUGCUUAUGAACUUUUGGAAGCUGUUGAAAUUCUCUCCAAACUUCCUAAGGAUUUCUAUGACAAAAUAGAGGCCAAAAAGUGGCAGGAAAGAAAAGAAGCUUUGGAAGCAGUAGAAGUGUUGGUUAAAAAUCCCAGAUUGGAAGCUGGAGAUUAUGCAGACUUGGUGAAAGCUCUUAAGAAGGUUGUUGGAAAGGAUACUAAUGUAAUGUUGGUUGCUUUGGCUGCCAAAUGCCUUGCUGGACUAGCCAGUGGUCUCAGGAAGAAAUUUGGACAAUAUGCUGGUCAGGUUGUCCCAACUAUUCUGGAGAAGUUCAAAGAAAAAAAGCCUCAGGUCGUGCAAGCCUUGCAAGAAGCCAUUGAUGCUAUCUUUCUUACUACCACACUACAAAAUCUCAGUGAAGAUAUCUUGGCUGUAAUGGAUAACAAAAACCCAACUAUCAAGCAGCAAACAUCUCUCUUCAUUGCACGAAGCUUUCGUCACUGCACUCCUACUACCCUUCCCAAAAGUCUCCUGAAACCAUUCUGCGCUGCUCUCCUCAAGCAUAUUAAUGAUUCGGCUCCAGAGGUUAGAGAUGCUGCAUUUGAAGCCUUGGGCACUGCCCUAAAAGUGGCAGGUGAGAAAGCUGUGAAUCCUUUUCUAACAGAUGUGGACAAACUGAAACUAGACCGGAUUAAAGAGUGUGCUGAAAAUAUUGAGUUGGUUGGUGGAGGUAAAGUCAGUGGAGGAGCUGAUAGAAAAGAAAACAAAGCUGUUCCUGGCAAGACUCCAGUUCUUUCUGGCGCUGCAGGAGACAAAGAUACGAAAGAUAACUCAGCUAAAUCUGGGCCACCAAAAAAGGCUCCCACUGCUAAGGCUGGUGGUCCAGUGAAGAAAGGGAAGCCAACUUCAGCUGGAGGCGUAGGAACUACUGGAACAAAAGCCAAAAAAGGAACUGAAGUAAAAGAGAUAUUUGAGCCAGAACUCUCAAUAGAGAUGUGUGAGGAGAAGGCUUCAGCUGUGCUUCCAGAAGUUUGCUUACAACAGUUAGAUAGUGGCAAUUGGAAGGAAAGGCUGGCUUGCAUGGAAGAAUUUCAAAAGGCAGUUGAGCUGAUGAAUAAAACUGAAAUGCCUUGCCAGGCUCUAGUAAGAAUGUUGGCGAAGAAACCUGGAUGGAAGGAGACUAACUUUCAGGUGAUGCAGAUAAAACUUCAUAUCGUUGCUUUGGUUGCUCAAAAGGGGACCUUUUCCAAAACAUCUGCACAAAUUGUCCUGGAUGGCCUUGUGGAUAAGAUUGGUGAUGUGAAAUGUGGGAGCAAUGCCAAAGAAGCAUUAACAGCAAUAGCAGAAGCCUGUCAGCUGCCUUGGACUGCUGAGCAGGUUAUGUCCAUGGCGUUUUCCCAGAAGAAUCCAAAAAACCAAUCAGAAACUUUAAAUUGGCUCUCAAAUGCCAUUAAAGAGUUUGGGUUUACUGGAUUGAAUGUGAAGGCAUUCAUCAGCAAUGUUAGAACAGCUCUUGGAGCUACAAAUCCUGCUGUGAGGACAUCCGCUAUAACCUUACUAGGCGUCAUGUUUCUGUAUGUUGGUCCCCCUUUACGAAUGUUCUUUGAGGAUGAGAAACCUGCUCUUCUUUCCCAAAUAGAUGCAGAAUUUGAAAAAGUGCAAGGACAAACACCACCUGCUGCAACUCGAGGCAGUACAAGGCACAAUAUUGGCAGUGAUGAUGGAGAGGAAGGAGAAGAACAGGAGGAUUCAGGGAAUGAUGUCGUGGACCUCUUGCCUAGAUCUGACAUCAGUGAUAAGAUCACAUCUGAGCUAAUAUCUAAGAUUGGUGAUAAAAACUGGAAAAUCCGAAAGGAGGGUCUGGAUGAAGUAACCAACAUCAUCAAUGAAGCCAAAUUCAUACAGCCAAAUAUAGGUGAACUUGCACCUGCCUUGAAGAGUCGUCUCAAUGAUUCCAAUAAAAUCCUGGUACAACAAACACUGACCAUCCUUCAGCAACUGGCCACUGCUAUGGGCCCAAAUAUAAAGCAACAUGUGAAAAAUUUGGGAAUUCCUAUCCUCACAAUUCUUGGAGACAGUAAGAGCAACGUACGGGCAGCAUCAUUAGCAACAGUAAAUGCCUGGACCGAACAGACGGGCAUGAAAGAGUGGUUAGAAGGGGAGGAUUUGUCAGAAGAACUCAAGAAAGAGAAUCCUUUUCUAAGGCAAGAGCUUUUAGGUUGGCUUGCUGAAAAGGUAUUCUAUGACUUGUUUCAGCAUUCUGAUGCAAAUUCAGGCCUCACCAAAGGCAAUAGUAAUCUGACAAAGAACAAAGUUAUCAAACAGGGCAUACAGGGGAAAAAGGUUCCAAGCAAAUCCAACUUGAAGGAUGAUGAUGACAGGUCUGGCCCAGUUUUUAUUUUAGUCCCAAAUGGAAAAGAGCAAAGAAUGAAAGAUGAGAAAGGAUUAAAGGUUUUGAAAUGGAAUUUUACUACUCCUCGUGAUGAAUACAUUGAGCAAUUGAAGACUCAGAUGUCUAGCUGUGUUGCCAAGUGGUUACAAGAUGAGAUGUUUCAUACAGAUUUUCAACGCCACAACAGAGCACUUAGUGUAAUGGUUGAGCACUUGGAGAGUGAAAAAGAUGGAGUUAUCAGCUGUUUAGAUCUGAUUUUGAAGUGGAUCACUCUGAGGUUCUUUGACACCAAUACAAGUGUUCUAAUGAAAACUCUGGAGUAUCUUAAGCUGCUGUUUAUCAUGUUGAAUCAAGAAGAAUACCACCUGACUGAAAAUGAAGCCACUUCUUUCAUUCCCUAUCUUACCUUGAAGGUUGGGGAACCCAAAGAUGUUAUUCGAAGGGAUGUACGUGCCAUUCUGAACAGGAUGUGCCUUGUCUAUCCAGCCAGCAAAAUGUUCACAUUUAUCAUGGAUGGAACAAAAUCAAAAAACUCAAAACAGCGGGCAGAGUGCUUGGAAGAGCUGGGAUGCCUAAUUGAAUCAUAUGGCAUGAAUGUGUGUCAGCCAACUCCAGGCAAAGCCUUAAAGGAAAUUGCAAUUCACAUUGGUGACAGGGACAACACAGUCAGAAAUGCUGCACUUAAUACCAUUGUUACUGUUUAUAACGUGCAUGGGGACCAGGUGUUCAAGCUAAUUGGAAAUCUUUCUGAGAAGGACAUGAGUAUGCUGGAGGAACGAAUAAAACGAUCGGCUAAGAGACCAAAUGCUGCUUCAUCAAGGCAGGUAGAUGAAAAACCCCAGCGUGUGCAAAAUGCCAAUGCCAGCGCAAACAUGCUGCGGAAGGGAGCAGCUGAAGACAUGUCUUCCAAACUCAACCAAGCACGUAACUUGAGUGGCCAUUCAGAGGCAAUGCAUACAGUCCCUCGGGAAUUUCAGCUGGAUCUUGAUGAAAUAGAAAAUGAUAAUGGCACAGUGCGAUGUGAAAUGCCAGCACUUGUUCAGCACAAACUGGAUGACAUCUUUGAGCCAGUCUUGAUUCCUGAACCUAAGGUCCGUGCUGUCUCCCCACACUUCGAUGACAUGCACAGCAAUACUGCUUCUACGAUCAACUUUGUUAUCUCCCAGGUAGCCAGUGGGGAUAUCAAUACUAGUAUCCAAGCUCUUGCCCAGAUUGAUGAGGUUCUAAGACAAGAGGAUAAAGCCGAAGCAAUGUCUGGCCACAUUGACCAGUUCUUAGUAGCUACGUUCAUGCAGCUCCGACUCAUUUAUAAUACUCAUAUGGCUGAUGAGAAACUGGACAAGGAUGAAAUCGUCAAGUUGUACAGUUGCAUCAUUGGAAACAUGAUUUCAUUAUUCCAGAUUGAAAGCUUGGCAAGGGAGGCUUCUGCAGGAGUGUUGAAGGAUUUGAUGCAUGGUCUCAUUACCUUAAUGCUGGAUUCAAGAGUUGAAGAUCUAGAAGAAGGCCAGCAGGUUAUCAGAUCUGUCAACCUCUUGGUGGUAAAAGUUCUAGAGAAAUCUGACCAAACUAACAUAUUGAGUGCCCUGCUUGUUCUACUCCAGGACAGUCUAUUAGCAACUGCUAGUUCUCCCAAGUUCUCAGAACUUGUAAUGAAAUGCUUAUGGAGAAUGGUAAGACUUCUCCCUGAAACCAUCAACAGUAUCAACCUGGACCGAAUCAUGUUGGACAUUCACAUCUUUAUGAAGGUGUUUCCAAAAGAGAAAUUAAAGCAGUGUAAAAGUGAAUACCCAAUACGGACUCUGAAGACCCUGAUUCAUACAUUAUGCAAACUGAAGGGACCCAAGAUUUUAGAUCAUCUAACAAUGAUAGACAACAAGAAUGAGUCUGAAUUGGAAGCUCAUCUCUGCAGAAUGAUGAAACACUCCCUAGACCAAACUGGAAGCAAAUCUGAUAAAGGCACAGAAAAAGGCGCUUCCCGUAUAGAUGAAAAGUCACCAAAGGCCAAAGUAAAUGAUAUUUUGGCAGAGAUAUUUAAAAAAAUUGGUUCUAAAGAAAACACUAAAGAGGGCCUGGCAGAGCUGUAUGAAUAUAAAAAGAAAUAUUCUGAUGCAGAUAUUGAGCCCUUCCUAAAAAACUCCUCACAGUUCUUCCAGAGCUAUGUAGAACGAGGUCUUCGGCUGAUUGAAAUGGAAAGGGAAGGCAAAGGGCGGAUUUCUUCUACAGGAGUUUCUCCACAGAUGGAGGUAUCAUGUAUUCCCACUCCCACCAAUGUAGUUUCUUCUGCUAUCGGAAAUUCAAACGGGGAAGAGGUGGGGCCAUCUGUCUAUUUGGAAAGAUUAAAAAUCCUCAGGCAGCGAUGUGGCCUUGACAAUGCAAAGCAAGAAGACAGAGCAUCACUGGCCACCACACUGUCCAAGCCAUCGGUCCCCACUGUUGCAUCCUCUACAGAUAUGCUCCACAGUAAGCUUUCCCAGCUCCGCGAAUCACGGGAACAAUACCAGCACAUUGAUCUGGACUCCAAUCAGACCCAUGCUGGCAUUGGAAGUACCACUUCCUCUUCUACAGCAUCCAAUAUUGAUGACUUGAAAAAAAGACUGGAGAGAAUAAAAAGCAGUCGCAAGUGAAAUUGCGUGAGACGGUUUGGCUAUUGCAGAGCUAUCCAUCUUUAGUUGACUAAAUUAGAAGUCUUCAUAGUUAAGUGGCCUCAUGCAGGCCUUAUGUAUACAAACUGGUUCUGUGUAUAAUACAGCAGAUCUUGGAGGAGGAUCCAAGUCAAUGUGGCACAAAUCUUUGUAUAUAUUUUGCUUCUUUGUGAGCAUUUCUUGACCGUAGAAGAGAGUCCGUGUAUUAGUUUUCAUGUACAGAGCUGUAAACAAUUCUCUUGCUCAGUCCAAUUUCUCAAAACUUGGUUUUAUUUGUUAAGUUGUCUUAUCUUAGCUCGCUUAAAUUUUAGAAACUUUUCGUUGCAUUCAUUUUUAAUUUUGUGAAUUACAUCUCCAUAUAAUCCUUGAGCUGUUUCUGUAUGGACGCAUGGCAUGAAGCAAGUAAUUUAAGUGUCUUUUUGUAAAUAAAGUUUGCAUUAACUCUC